ACAAGUACACAGCGAUUGUUGAGUUUACACUGUUUGUUUUCAAAUGUAAACCGAUUCACAAAUAUCGCGCCACCGCGACCUUAUAAUGACGGAAGAAAUUAGUGAACUUAUUAAACAAAAAGACUUUGGUGCAAAAAUGGCUUUGACGAGAUACAUAAGCUGACGUAAAAGUCUUUUAAAAUGGCUACCACAGAAAAUGAAUAUUAUCUCAGAACCAUACUGUUGCUUGCUGAAGGUGGAUCCUAUAUUUCAAAACAAAUAUUAUACAAAGAACUUCCUGGUGACCUAAACAAACUACUCAAACAUUUUGAACAUAAGUUAAAGCACGAGUUGCACGAUAAACAAAUAGAGAAAUUAUUUCCACGAAAUGGAAACACUUUUGUUGACACAUGGGACCUUCAAAUGCUAAUUAUAGUAGUAUUAAGACUGUUUCAUAAAUCCCUUAAGUAUGAAGAUAAAAGAAAUUUACAAUAUAUAAAAAUGUUGCGGAAUGAAGUUCAAGCACACAGUUCUUCAGUAACACUGGACGAUGUUCAGUAUGAGAAUAUUAAGGACCAUCUUACUGAUGCUUUGACCAGUUUAGCUUCGGGCUUUGGAGAAAAUGUGCAACAGGAAUGCAGAUCAUUUAUCAACAAGUACACGUCUGGGCCUCUCGAUGUAAUGUCCGCUAGAGAGUGUCUGAAGCAAUUACAGAAUAAUGACGUAUUGUUUAAACAAGUGUUGGAGAAGAUCGAAAGUUCUAACAAUGACAUAUGUACGCACUUAAAUGCCUCACAGAAGAGUCUGUCGGACGAUGUUAAGAAUGUCAGUCAACAGAUGAAAGAUCUUGAAAAUACUUUGAUUGAGAAACUGCAAAGACUUGAUGCAGGAAUUUACAGGAAGAAAGUCAAAGUUGGUAUGCAUGUGGAGUUAUCGCUAGGUGGCCCAACAGAAGAGUGGAUCCUUCUGAUGGAGAGAACAUUGAAUGAUGUCUUUAAUGAAGCAUAUAAAACGUCUGGAGGAAAAUUUGAAGAUAUCAAGAAAAUAGUAGAUGAAUUACUCGAAGAUAUCAAACAAAACACAACAAUCAAUUUCAAAGGCUCAAAAAUGAUGUGCAUCAUUCUUAUGUUUGAAUGCUUUACAUACUCUGGGCUAUUGGAUUUGCUCCAGUAUCUAACAAGUCAGAAAUACCAACGUCGGCUUAGUGCUUUAACAGAAACAUUGUCGACGCAUUUCAAGGUUGAUAUUCCAGUAACGGCUACUUCUACAAUCUCACCUGAAUGCUUGCAACAUGCGUACGACGAUUUAGCAGAGCACGAAAGGGAACAACAGGAGACUGAAAAUUGUCACAGUCAUCCGAGUGAUGAAUCCAAGAAGUCGUUAAAGCUGUCGAUGGAAUGUUCAUCUGUAGAAGACUUGGUAUAUCUCUGGGAAAUGUUUCAACAGGGUGGUGCUUCACAUUAUCUUGACAGAAUAGCUGAUAAGCUUUCUGCAUAUUCUGGAAAGAAAAUAACGUUGUCAUCAUCUUUGAAUCUGGAAGAAUUCAAAGAAGCACUGGAAGAUACACUUGGGAGUGCUGUUGAUGCUGAAGGUGGAAGGAGCAAAAUCACUGUUGAAAGUCUUAAAGGUGCUGAUGUUAGAAAACGCCAAAUAACAGGUAAACAAGUUACAUUUGGGAGUGCGGCUGAUGCUAAAGGUGGAAGAAGCAAAACCAUUGAAAUGCGAGGUGAAAAGGAUGCGCUACACAAACCACGUAAAAUGUAUUUCUGCUUUUACGGAAACCACUUUCCAUUGUCAGAGGGCUACAUAUCGUCUGGUGAAGUUAUCGGAAAUUUAAAUCUAUUAGAGGCUGGUGAACGUGCCAUUGAAAAGGUGUAUGUUUACAAAUAUCCUCUUACACCACUUUCGUUUUUAGACUUCUUGUUGUACCAUAUCUUAAUCGUUCUUAAAACAGAGACACGAUUUUGGUCAAUAGAGAGAUCUGUAAAUGGAAUAACAAUUCAAACGAGUACAGACAUUGGAGAUCUACUAAGACUGUACAGGGCUACGAAAAGGAGCUUUGGCGAAACAUUAGAGACAGAUGCAAGAGGAUAUAGAAGUGUGAGUGAACUGAUAACUUGGCUGAAAUUUACUGGUGAACUGGACAAAAACUUCAAUCCUCUGACAAGAAAUUGUACAACCUUUGCAAAUGCUGUAUUUGAGUAUGUUAGUGGCGGUCUGUUAUUACCACAAAAUUUGCGCCCGUUUGUGAGCAGUUUUGCAGCUCGGUCGACUGAAUAAAUACGAUCUUGUUUCGUUUCCAAAAGACAGUCCAUUUUUUUGCCUUUUGACAUUUGGUACCUAGCAGAGACUAUGACGAUAUAAUGGCACUCUACGGACACCUUUGAUUUUCUCUCUCUUAAUUUAUAUGUUACUCGUAAACAUUAAAGGGGAAGAGUGUCAUGGUAUAACUUUUGAGAAUGUGUUUAAACGACUAACUCCGGCUGGUCAAUUAUUCUAAAACUCUUUACUUUAACAUUAGACUAUCAGGUUGAAUACUUAAUAUUUGAGGGUGGCACAAAAUUACUUAAAAAAACUUGUUAUUGGCGAAUGUCGUUGGGCAGGCGUGCGGGCGGGCGGGCCGCGUCAAAUUUUGCUUUCCGCUCAAUUACUUGAUUCUGGAGUCGCCAAUUUACCUGAAAUGUGGUAUGUAGGUAUCUUGCAUAAAGACGAAAAUUUAAAUUGCAUUUAAGGUCACUAGGGAAAAGGUCAAGGUCACUGCUGCUAGAAAUAGAAAAAUCGGUUUCAACUCAGUAACUUUAGCUUAUAUUGAUGUAAUGAAAUAAAACUUGGCCUAUAUGUAGCAUAAAGAAAAAACCAGGUUGGAGUCGUUAAUGUGGUCAGUGGGUCAAGUUCAAGGUCAUUAUAUCUUAAUUAGUCUUUAGACUUGUCUCCUUUAGAGAUUCUAUUUUUGUGAUAAAAAGGUCAUUUUAAUGCAAUUUUGGUAAAGGUCAAUGUCACAGUUACUAAAAAUAGAUUUUUUUUCACCGUGUGAUCACCAAAGAGGUGGUUUCAGGUUUAUAAUUUUAAUUUGGACUGACUUACUGUCACCAAACUUCGCGUACAACAAGCUUAUCUGAAGAAUUAGCCGUGGAAGAUAUUCGGGGUCACUGAUACUAAAAAUAGAAGAAUAGCUUCUACUAAAUAUCUUUAGUUUGUAUACAUCUAUUGUCUGUAGUUUUUAUCAAACAAAAAUUUGGAAUGAAUCUGGGAGUCACUUUGGUCAAGGUCAUUGUAAAUGAAAAUAGAAAAAUGGUUUCUGUUCAAUACCUCUGGUUUAGAAUGAGAUAACUUAAUUAGUCUCCUGAGUCUGAAAGCUCCUCUGUUGCACGGUGGUCUAGAAUAUUUGGCUGAAGAGAUCCUUUGUGCUGUUGAGUUCAAAUCCCUCUGACCGCCUUUUCUUAUUUAAAAUGUCACUGUUAUGCCAUUUGGUCAAGAUCAAGAUCAUAUUUAAAAUAAAAAGUAGAUUUGUUUUGACUUUGAUCGUCGAAAAGCUGGUUUCCAGUUUCUAGAACUUUAGUUAGGAUUGACUGAUUGUUGACAAACUUAAUGCAUGGCAAGUUUAUAUUAAAAACUAGUUUUGAAUUGUAUAUUGGGUCACUAUUACCAGAAAUAAAAAGCUAUUUAUGCUCAAUAUCUUUAGUUACACCUAUUGUAAGAAAACUUUGUGUUUUUGUGUUUAGGUAUCAAAGAAUCAUGAAUUACAUAUUGCAAUGAAACAUCUACUUUUCUCAUAUCUGUACUUUUGAAUUUUUUAAACAGCACCUGUUGAUGUGUUCUAUGGUAUUAAUGCAUAAAGUGUUUCCGUCUUUUAUGUCCUCAAUGCAAAAAAUGCGUUUCGUCUGCAAAACCUUAGAUUCAAAGCAAUGUAGUGUAAAAACCACAGACGUGUAGUGUCUUUGCAUGUCCUGAUAAUAAUUACUUGCUUACAUGUUGUCGAGUAGGAAUAUUACAUUUUAAUGUCCUUGUUAAUGAAAGGUCCAAAUAUUGUUUAAUGAAUAAUACAAGCAAAUAUUUAUUUUUUCGAAGGUAUAGUCCCAUUUUUCUAAAAGUGACCAAUCCUCGAUUCAGUAAACAACUCUACCUUCAGCUUUUCGGAGAUUGUAAAGUAGUGAAUAAAUAGAUAAAGUCUAAACUCGGUAUCACCAAUUCCAAUGGAUCGAGCAGUUUACUUCGAGAUAACCGAAAUUUGACUUAAAAUUAUAUUGCAUGCACGUGAUUUUGAAACGGAACUUGAAAAUGUCUUCGAGAUAGCCGGAACUAUCAUGAUAUUGAGUUUCAAUUGUAAUUGAUAUAAAUGCAAUUUUAUUUUCCUUUAGUUAAUGUAUAGGUAAAGUAAUAAUAGUAUUAUUAUUAUCAUUAUUAUUAAUAAAAAUGAUUACUAUAAAUUCAUGUUUUGUAUAAAAUACACUGGAUUAUAGGUGAAUGGAAGUCAAAUGUUCUAUAGAAUGGUCAGUAUGAAUCCUGACUCCUAAGCAUUUCAAUCAACUAUUAGUAAAUCGUAAAUAAAAUUCAGUCUGAUAAAAUCUUGAAAAAAUAUUUACAAUAUUUCUAAAGUCGCUGAAAAGUUGAUCUUACAAGAAUUACAGAAUAUAAAAUAGUUUCUUUAAUAUAAAGAUGUAUACUCAGAUGUGUAGAAUAUUCCUGAACUUAUUUGCAAGUAUGAAAAAAAUUAAGAUAACUUUUGUAAUCACAAAAUAUUUAUAUUGUUUUAUUGUUAUUUUGUUUAUUGUUCUUUUGAUGUAUGCUUUCUUAUGAGCUUUUACUUUACUAAUGUUAUUUAUAGAUAUGAGAAAAAUCUUUUUUGCAACGAUAAUUUAUAUUUUAGUGUGAAUAAAAAGCUUAAAAUGUG